AUGAAGCAGUCACAGUGCAGUGUCCUUCCGAAAAUGGUGAAGGUGAAAGGUUUGGGGAUGUGCUCCCUCAAGCGCUCUCCAAGACCAACAACGACUAAGAGUGUGGCAGAGCAAGCAAGCAGAGAAAAUCAAAAAGGUGCCGCUCCCUGGAAACUGGGAUGA